UCCCCCCAUUCAACCACUCUCCUCUCUGUUCCAGUGUGUUUACUACACUGCCGAGCAUAAGGGGAGACACUCGUCUUCACAUGCACUGAUCCCACUGAGGAAAACAGCUUUUAGUCGUAUUUGUAAGAAAACCUCCAAGAGAUCAACAUGCCCAAAAGAAAGGCACAGGGAUCAGAAGGAGGAGAAAAGGAGGAGCCCCAGAGGAGAUCGGCUCGGUUAUCAGCGAAACCGGCCCCUCCAAAACCAGAACCAAAAGCCAAGAAGGCGGCGAAGAAAGAAAAGGCUGUGAACGACAAGAAGGAGGACAAGAAGACCAAGAAGGCGAAGGAGAACGCCGAGGCAGAGGCCAACGAGGAGAACCACUCUGAGAACGGAGAGGCCAAAACCAACGAGGUGGAGGCGGCCCCCGAGGAGCCCCAGGAGGAGGCCAAGUCCGAGUAGCACCACUGCCCACACCUUCCUCCUUCAGACCCCCGCCCUCAAACCAGCUCUUUUCCUCCCCGAGUCUCUCACAUGGUUUCCCUCCAAGGCGUAUUGUUAACAGAUGAAUAUUUUUAUCAAUGAUUUUAUAAGUAUCCGUACAGAUUUUUAGCACAAAAAGCAUCGCUGGGAAAGUGGCACCUUGCAGAUGUGCAGUGGUCAUAUCAGGUGUCUGCAAGCAAGAAAACCACACUAAAAAUCUUUUUUAAACGGCAUUUCAUGAUUGUUCAAGGUUUGUUUGGUAAAGAAAGCGUGUCCCUGCCGGAUCGGCCAUGUCAUGAGUCGUGUAUUACCGUGUUUUUAGUUGUUUUCUUUGUUUGUUCCCCUCCUUCCUCGCUUUGUCCCAGCUUCCUCCGCUGAUUAGUCGAUCUUCCCCCCCCCUGACAGUUCAUCUUUUAUUAACGGGCCAUCUUAACGUGGGUGAUUCUUUUUAGACCUCUAAAUGUGCAGUGAGUUCCCUUUGCGUUUUCUUUUCAUGGUCUGUUUCGUUUCUCCCCCCCCCCCCCUCUCCUCGUUUUCCACUGAGAUCGUGUUAUAAACAAAAAAAGAAGUGUGUUUUAAGUGUGUUGUCCAUAAGAAAGAGGAAGACGAACAUGUGAAACAUUCCGGGAACAGCGAUCGCCUCCGACCCGUCUCCUAGACGACCCUGCGUGGAAGAAAACAGCUUCUGCUCCAUCUGGGCUGUGGUGUCAGCUUUUCUAAACGCUCACUUUUUCUUUUAUCUAUCUUUUUUUUUUUUUUUUUUUUUUUUUUUUUAAAGAUUGAAUUUGGAAUCCUCUAAUAAAUGCAGGUGUCUGGUCCCUCUCUUAUGUUCUGAAAUUCUCUUAAUAAAAACAAGUCCUGGGAAUUUUCCUCGAA